CUGCUUCUCUCUCUGUCUUCAGUGGUCUUAAAAGCUCUCUGUCUGAUCCCACUUGUCUUCCUCCUCCAUAUCAUCAAAAGCUCCAUCACCAAAACCCUUCCAUAUUUUCAAGUAAAGUUUUCAAUGACUUCAUCAAUGGCGUCCUCCUCCCUUUCUCCUGCUACUCAGCUUGGUUCGAGCAGAAGCUCUUUGUUGGCGAUGUCUCGUGUGAUGUUUGUGAAGCCAACGAAUCAUCAGAUGGUGAGAAAGGAGAAGAUUGGUCUGAGAAUUGCUUGUCAAGCGACGAGUAUACCAGCUGACAAUGUUCCAGAUAUGGAGAAGAGGAAGCUUUUGAAUCUUCUUCUUGUCGGAGCUCUUUCUCUUCCUACUGGCUUCAUGCUUGUCCCUUACGCUACCUUCUUUGCUCCUCCUGGAUCCGGAGGUGGAGGUGGUGGUACUCCAGCCAAGGAUGCACUUGGAAACGAUGUCGUUGCAGCAGAAUGGCUUAAGACUCAUGGUCCCGGUGAUCGAACCCUGACCCAAGGAUUAAAGGGAGAUCCAACUUACCUAGUUGUGGAGAACGACAAAACUCUAGCGACCUACGGUAUAAACGCAGUGUGCACUCAUCUUGGAUGUGUUGUGCCAUGGAACAAAGCUGAGAACAAGUUCCUAUGCCCUUGCCAUGGUUCCCAAUACAACGCCCAAGGCAGAGUCGUUAGAGGUCCAGCACCAUUGUCGCUUGCCUUGGCUCACGCGGAUAUUGAUGACGGUGGAAAGGUUCUAUUUGUUCCAUGGGUUGAAACUGAUUUCAGGACUGGUGAUGCCCCAUGGUGGUCUUAAGACUGUGCAACAACUCUUUUGUGUAAUACUUGUAUGAAUGUUCUUAUAAUGUAAAAGCUACGUGUAAUCAUACAUUUCAUGGCAUUACUCUGUGAAUUCUUCCCUCUAUAUGAAUUUUAUGUUCAUUCA